GGGAUGGGCGCUUUACGGAAUAUCAAAAACGCUAUACAAAAUGUGCAAUCCAGCGCCAAAAAGGCCAAAGAUGUCGUCCUGCAACAGGAGAAACAAAUCCUACAAGAAUUUUUCGUGAAAUUGAAACACAACACGGCAGUGUUGCUGGAGCAAGUUGAUAGCAAGCACGACGAUGUUUACCAAAAACUUGCAAAGCAAUAUACCGAUAUGAAGGCAUACGUAGACGGUGUGAAUGGUUCACUAGAGUUUGCUCGGAAUAUCGUUGAAAAUGGAGGCAAGGAAGAAAUCCUUUCCCUUGGGAAAGACAUUGAGAUGCACGCCAAGGAAAUCGUGAAGGAAUGUCCUGAGUCGUUGCGGCCAGUUCAUUAUGGUUGUCUUAAAUACGAGCGGGCAAACUCGCCGAAAGAUAUUGUUGAGAAUCGUGUGGACCUGAGCGAUUUGGGAAAUAUUGUUGAUGACCCCAUACAAUCAUUGCUUGACAAUUCCACCAUCUUGGAUGGAAAUUUUGAGCACGCCAAACAACUUGUGGAGUGGGUGGAUGAUCAUAAAUUCACUUGGCAACUUUGUUAUCGAGCUUCACGAGAUGGCUGGAAAGGAGAGGAUUUUCACAGAAAGUGUGACGAGGUUGGACCUACAGUAACCUUGGUGAAAUGUGGGAUCAACGUUUUUGGAGGUUUCACCGACCAAAGUUGGAAAAAAGCGCAAGCAUCUCCUCAAACUUUCAAGCAUUCCGAUGUUUCGUUCCUAUUCUCACUUCGAAACAAGGACAACCUGAAGCCGUUUAAGUGUCCAAUUGAAGUUCAUGCAAACGAGAAAGCAAUCUGGUGCUACCCUGGCUUUGGUGCGACUUUUGGUGGUUUUCGUGAUCUUCACAUCAGCGGAAACGCCAAUACAACUCAAAAUUCAUUGAGUUAUCUCGGUUCUACGUACCAACCCCCUUCGGGGUAUCAUUACGGCUCACCACAAACCAAAGCUCUGCUGGCAGGCAGCCACAGAUUCCAGCCAACAUCUAUUGAAGUAUUUAGACGAUAGAGAUUGAUGCGGGUAGCAUCAUACUUACGAUAUUUACGAUCCAUAGUAACUCUUUACCGCCGGCAUUAUUUACAUCUGAGCCACAAGCAAAUAUGGUAAAUUUACUAGUAAAUUCGCAGGGGUGAAAUAAUUGUCUCUCGUGAUUGGUUAAUCUCAUAUCACAUUUUCAAAUUAGUUCAUAUUCACCCAAUGGUAUAAGCUGUGGUAGAAGUCAAAUCUGUGAACAUCGUUAAUGAAUAUCUCAACGAUGUCGGGUAAAAUCGUUCCAGCGAUGCCCAUUAGGGUGGCUUUAAUCGAGCUCUUGCACGUGGCGUCGUAGUUCGUACUUGUAACCGGCAUCCGCCAUUGUUGGUUGAAGAUUGACGGUGUUUGAAACCGUUUUGGCGUAAAAACGAAUGUGAAAACGCUCGAAAACAUUUACCGUGUGCACAUGGUCUUAGCUCCUCUACAAGGUGUGUCAGAAAAAACUAGAAGAUUUAAAAAUGUUCAAAAAACUAUCAUUUUA